AUGGGCUGCACACCUUCAGCACCAGUGAACAAUCCGGCACCAGCAAUGCAGCAACGCCCGGCAGCACCACCCGCAGCCCCGCCGGCCGCGCCUCAAGCAGCACCGACACCCAAGACGCCUGGCGGCGCUCCCCCUCCGCCGUUCGACUACGCCACGGCCGAUAGCCAAGCUCGCGUCGCGGCCUUCCAAGAGAAACUCAGGAGCGUCCUCUCCCUCUUCCUCGAAGAGCCGGCCCGCUGGGCGGCUUCCAUCCCAGACUGCCGCAUGGUCCUCAUCUACCUCGUGGAUCUGGGUGGCGAGCCGUACUGCGACGUCGCGUUCGAGCACACGGACCGCAGCGUGUCGUCCGUGGCGGACAUCAUCGCGAAGGGCCACCCGCGAGCGAGGGACGGCAGUAUCCACAGCUUGGUCGGGCCGGUCGCGAUCCCGUGGUUCAUCCUGUGCGAGGGGAGCUACAGCGUUCUCGGCGCCGACAGCAACGCACUUCCCUGGCUCGAGAACCCCGGCGUGCUCGGCGUCGACCGGCCCGCGCGCAUGGUCCUCUCGUACGUGACGCUGCCUACCAACGAGAAGAACUUUGCCGUCGACUUUAGCUGGACGCCCGCGAUGGCCGGCGCCGGCGUGUACGACGGGAUGACUGGCGCGGCCGAGUGGCUCCGCCAGCUCAAGGCCGGGGGGAUCAACGCCUCGCAGCGCUUUCUCGACCAGUACAAGCCGCGUAACACGCCUGAGCCAUCGCUGGUUGCGCGUGUAUUCAUCAACCCGCUUGCUAACACUGGCGAGGAGGGCAAUGUGAGAGUGUGA